CUCCUCAGCCUGGACCGAGUCCAACCAAUCCCCUUCGCAUUAUUAAGGGAGGAGGGGGAAAAAAAAAAUUCCGCGUUAAAAAAUUCUCUUUCUUUCAGCGUUUCUUAUUUGGUCUUUGUUUCCUUUUUCUCUCCAUGUGUCUGCUACGGAGCUCAUCACAUUCCCUCUCUUUCACUGAAAAGACAAGAGCAAUUCCUGCAAAAAACAACAUCAACAAGAAAUUAGGAGCCGAUGCAGCUGAUGAUUUCGGAUUUCAAUAGCCUCCCCCUUGCAAAAGAGAAAACUUGGCAUUUCUGAAGGCCUUCAAGAUGUUUGGUUUGUCUCAUUAUCAACAUAUCAUAGGCAAUGGCAAAUCAAACUAACAUAAUCAUUAUUGGGGUCUCUGUCGGUGUUGCGGUUGGAAUCUUGGUGGCAUCUUGCGCAUUUAUUGCUAUAAGGUUUUAUAGAAAGCGGUCUCAUGUCCAAAAUCGUUCAGUUGAGAGUGCAUCUACUCUUCCCAUUCGUGUAAAUGGGAUCGAUGCAAGUAUUGAUUCUAGUGCUUCGAUCGCAGUUUCUGAGAUUGGGCAUGGUUUACAUGAUAUUGGGAAGAAAAACCACUAUUGGGGUCGAAGAGGAAAUCCAAGCAAAGAUCUACUUCAUUCCUUAUCAGGCAUUCCAAGAUAUGUGUACAAGGACAUUCAGAAAGCUACACAGAAUUUUACAACUAUUUUAGGAGAAGGAUCUUUCGGUCCAGUCUACAAAGCUAUAAUGCCUACAAGUGCAGUAGUAGCUGUAAAGGUGCUUGCAAAUAAUUCCAAGCAAGGGGAGAAAGAAUUCCAAACAGAGGUUUUGUUGCUUAGUAGACUGCACCAUAGGAAUCUUGUGAAUUUGGUUGGAUACUGUGUGGAUAAAGGCCAGCACAUGCUCAUCUAUGAGUUCAUGAGCAAUGGAAGUCUGGCUAGCCUAUUGUAUGAUGUAGGCGAUAAUACCCGAAACUUAAGCUGGGAACAAAGGCUGCAAAUUGCACUUGAUGUUUCACAUGGAAUUGAAUACCUACACGAUGGGGCAGUUCCACCCGUUGUUCACCGGGAUCUAAAAUCUGCCAAUAUUCUUCUUGACAAGUCAAUGAGGGCUAAGGUAGCUGAUUUUGGGCUUUCCAAAGAAGAGGUUUAUGAUGGAAGAAACUCGGGUCUUAAGGGAACGUAUGGCUACAUGGAUCCUGACUACAUGUCAACAAACAAUUACACAAAGAAGAGCGACAUAUAUAGCUUUGGCAUAAUAUUAUUUGAACUUCUAACAUCCAUAAAUCCUCAGCAAGGUCUGAUGGAUUACAUCAAUCUCGCGGCAAUUGGAGGAGAGGGAAAGGCCGAUUGGGAUGAGAUAAUCGAUAGCAAGCUAUCAUGCAUGAGCAAUAUCGAAGAGAUCAGGCAAUUAGCUGAUAUAGCUCACAGAUGCUUACACAAGAUUCCGAGGAAACGCCCUUCAAUAGCUGACGUUACUCAUGCUAUAUCGAGAAUAGGAAGAAGACGUCUAAAUAGGGAUGAAACCCUGUCAAUAGCUGGAAGCAUCAAUGCGUUAGGGUUUUUGAAAAGGCUAGAACGUCAGCAAGUCGAGCUUAGCCACUUGACCAGCAUCAAGGAGUCCCCAGCUGCUGUCGUUUGACUUGUUGAAAGAUGGUUCUCUCUAUAUAUAUAUCAGGCUAAGAGCAGCUUCUAUAAGGGCCAAAGUGAUUUCAUAUUGGGUGAAUAUGGGAUGAUCGGCUUCGUGACAAUUUGCUAACCUCCUCCUCAAAUUUGUACUUGGGCAUUUGCCAUAUUGAGCUCGGGUACAAUAUAUCAAGUUUGAGCAGUGUCGACUUGUUCUGAAAUUUGAAUGGGCAGAGAACAGUAAAAUCAUUGAUAUGAAGAUAAAGAAAAGUUUGUACAGUGGAAAUUUUACAAUUUGAUGAAUGUUUCUGGACGGUUCAAAGAAAGUUACCGGCUGGCGACCCUUGGUGUUUUUCCUAGAGUAGCAUCUAAUUGUGCUCUAUUUCCUUCCUUCUUUUGAUCAAUGAAUCAUUUUGAAAUUUUCAACAAAUACCUAUUAUCACUCUUUUUUUUCCCCUUCCUGGGUCGAUGAUUCUGCCAGUUCUUUUGCUUUCCCUGCUAUGUUUGCAUGUAUCGUGUCGUCUGUAUUUCUCGAAAUGCAUAAGAAUUAGAUGCUGAUUGUGCUUUUUUUUCUCCUUCAGUUAUCAUUCUUCUUAUUAUUCCUCGUCUA